ACAGAAUCGACAGCACCGGGGUCGUUGAAAGUCGACAGAAAAGCCGCUUGGAAGUCCAAGUUCAGCGACGAGCAGCUAGAAAGGGAACGGCAUGUCGAUCGGAUCUCUCAACGUCGGACGCGGCGGAAAUCCAAGCAGGAUGCCGCACAGCUACAGGAGAAGAUGAACCUGCUCUCUAGCGGUGACCACCAGGGCCUGCUGGAGCGGACGUUGAUGGAGAAUGACGGAUUAAAGAGCAAGUUGAAUCUUCUCCAAGCCCGACUCGGUCAGAUUCAUCGUAUCUCUACGCAAUGCUUGGAGGUUGGUGAUAUGCCGAAUCCCGUA